AGCCAUGGACCCUCUCCAUCUUGUAGUGUUCAGAGAACUUCAUUACCUGCUGAACUUCAUUGACAACCAAGUUCCAGCCAAGCCGCAACCAUGAAGUCCCUUUGUCUCCUCUUUGCUCUUCUGUUCUUGGCUGCCCAUAUCACAGCUGAGAAACCAGCAGAAGACACAGUGCUCAAUUCUCAGGCUGAAGAUGCAAAACAAACUCAAGUAAAAGUGAAUUCUGAUGGCCCACAAAAAUUCUUCCUGCCAAGUCAUACUUUUGGUCGAACCAGGGGGUUAACUGCCUGCAGUUGCUUCUGCCAACAGCGUUGUGGUUAUGCGGAAAGUCGAUGGGGCUCCUGUGGCAACAAACUUCUUUGCUGCAGAUGUAGAUGAUUGCUCAUUAGAUGCCAGCAGGUGUCUGCUCUUUAACAGCCAACUCUUCCCUACUGCAUUGUGCCAUUAAACACCAUCCUUGUGAGCAUUAA